AUGGAUACCAAGGACUGUUCAACGACGAUUUCUUCUUCAACGCCAUGCCAAAGCCGCUCUAGGAUUACCAAUUUCAGGAUCAUUUCUUCUAACGCCAGCUGCCAGUGUGGUGGUCUUGAAGCCAACAGCUGCCAACCAACUGGCCAUGUUCUGAGAACUUUCCAGUCCCGGGGCUGCCAACCGACUUCCUGCUUUUGUCCCAUGCCCACCUGCUUGAUAAGCAACUUCGGCGCCUGUCCCUCUGUGGAUGAUAGCGGCUGGUGUGGCGAAGGCAUCAACAGCAAUGAGAAAGAAACCAUGCAAAUCUUGAAUGACCGCCUUGCUAGCUACCUUGAAAAGGUGCGAAUGCUAGAACAAGAGAACACUGAACUGGAGUGUAGAAUCCAGGAGGAGUGUAACAAAGAGCGUCCUGUCAUAUGUCCUGAUUACCUGUCCUACUAUACCAUCGUUGAAGAGCUCCAGCAGAAGAUCUUGUGUACCAAGGCUGAGAAUUCCAGGCUGGUCUCACAAAUUGACAACACCAAACUGGCUGCUGAUGACUUGAGAGCCAAGUAUGAAGCUGAGGUGUCUCUGCGCCAGCUGGUGGAGGCAGAUGCCGGCGGCCUACAGCAGAUCCUGAACGCACUCACCCUGGGCAAAGCUGACCUGGAGGCACGAGUCCAAUCCCUGAAGGAGGAGCUCCUUUGCCUUAAAAACAGCCAUGAAGAGGAAAUCAGUUCCUUACAGAGCCAGCUUGGGGACAGACUCAACAUCGAAGUGACUGCUGCCCCUUCUGUCGACCUCAAUCGGGCUCUGCAAGAAAUGAGAUGCCGAUACGAGUCUGUCAUGGAGACAAACCGCAGAGACGUGGAACAAUGGUUCACCACACAGAUGGAGGAGCUGAACCAGCAGGUGGUGACCAGCUCUCAGCAGCAGCAGAGCUGCCAGAAGGAGAUCAUCGAACUGAGACGGACCGCGAAUGCUCUGGAGGUCGAACGGCAGGCCCAGCACCGAAUGAGAGACUCCCAGGAAUGCAUCCUGGCGGAGACAGAGGCCCGCUACACGGCCCUGCUGACCCAGCUCCAGGGUCUGAUUGAUAACCUAGAGGCCCAGCUGGCCGAGAUCCGAUGUGCCCUGGAGCGGCAGAACCACGAGUACGAGAUUCUGCUGGACGUCAGGUCCCGGCUGGAGUGUGAGAUCGCCACGUACCGCCGCCUCCUGGAGAGCUCAGACUGCAAGCUUCCCAGUGACCCAUGUGCCACCAAAUGUGAGCCUUCCAUCUGCACUGCCCGUAAGGCCAGAGCCAUGGAAUGCACAGUCCCCGUUUACGCAUCAUCCUCAGCGCCCUGUGCGACACCCGAGCCCUGCGGUGCCUGCAGAGUCCUGACCCCGCUACUGGCUAAAAUCCGCACCAUCACCAAGGAGAUUAAGGACGGGAAAGUCAUAUCCUCUUAUGAGCAUGUGCAGCCUUGCUUCAUCAUCAGGGCUGCCAGAGCCUAA